AUGAGCGGCAUGAAACCCCUACUAUCCUGCGGCAUAGCCCAGACACGUCUGCUCAGAACGAAUGUCCUUAGCCCGUGUCAGUCCCGGCUACGCUGGCUGCACCAAUCCCGACAUGCACCCUCGCAACAACGCAGUCUCCCUCGCAUAGCUCAAACUUCUAUAUGGGACUCGAUCAUUCCCAAAGCAUUUCGGAACAGGCCCCUGAGUCUCGAGAGAACUGUGCAAACGAAACCCACGAACCCGGCAACAUACUUCAUUUGGAUCUAUAUUCUGAUCGGCUCUCAAGCCAUUCGAAUCAUGGGCGUCAAGAACGAAUUCAUGUCUUUCUCUCGCAGAGCAGAUAUCAAGAUAGAAAAGCUGAGAGAGGUUGUUACAAGGCUCCAGAACGGCGAAGAAGUGGAUGUAGAGAAGAUCCUGGGCACUGGAGAUGAAAAACAAGAGCGGGAAUGGGAAGAAGUGUUGGAGGAAUUGCAAAGGGAGGAUAGAGUAUGGCAAAGCAGCAAGAAAAAGAGCCGCGAAGUAAAGGAACGCCAGGCCAAGGAGGAACGAGAUGCCAACCCAGUCAACGACAUUCAGGACAAAGCUCUGGCGGUCGAUCUAUCACCACCAUCGCCCAACCUUGCCGUUCCACGGAGUCCUGGAUUUUACUGA